GCGUUCACGGAGUCAGCGCCCAUGAGCAAAGAGAGAGGAGAGCUGCGAGGUCUACAGCAGAUUCCCUCCCUGCGGGACCGCACUCAUUUACCAUCACUGGUAGCAUCUACUCUUGAUGUUGGAAAGUCCUGAGUGGUCCGACGUGGAUCUGUCCUGCUCCCCUUCCGCUGAUGACUGAUCAUCCCGGACCUUUGAUGCAGAGAUUAGCAACGAUGCGGCGGCCCUGCUGUUAACUGGUUGGAGAUAUUUAACGAUCGUCAUUUAAAAAUAACAGUUUUCCGGCUCUGCCAUUAAGGAGGGUGAGCGAAUUACACCCAUGAUGAAGCUAAAACCGAACCAAACCAGAACAUACGACGGAGAGGGUUUUAAGAAAAGAGCAGCGUGUCUGUGCUUCAAGAACGAACGUGAAGAAGAGGUUCUGCUGGUCAGCAGCAGUCGGCACCCGGAUCAGUGGAUCGUUCCCGGAGGAGGAAUGGAGCCGGAGGAGGAGCCAUGUGGUGCCGCAGUGCGAGAGGUCUUCGAGGAGGCCGGUGUAAAGGGCAAGCUGGGACGCCUACUAGGUGUUUUUGAGCAAAACCAGGAUCGGAAGCACCGGACGUACGUGUACGUGUUGACUGUGACAGAAACACUCGAGGCCUGGGAGGACUCGGUCAACAUAGGUCGUAAGCGGGAGUGGUUCACUGUGGAAGAAGCCAUCAAAGUUCUGCAGAGCCACAAACCUGUUCACGCUGAAUACCUGCGGAGGCUCCAGCUCAGCUGCUCCCCCACCAACGGGAACUCCAUCCUCCCAAGCCCGCCUCCAAAUGACAACUACCCCCAUUACAGCAUGACCGCCACCACGCCGACGACGGGCAGCGUGCUGGGCUCCUCCUGCAGAUAGGACUGCACCGCCUCUUCCUGUCCGCUUUGGACAGCUUACCAAAAGUCUGUACAGUCUCUUGCAUGAAUCCAAUGACUUCUGCGAGCCACGGCUCACUUGUAUUUAUAAUUUCUAAUCAUAGCUGCAGGACUAAAGACCAAAGCUUUUACAGAAUUGUGGUAAAGACUUGAAUGGGGAAUCCACACCUCUGGACACGGCUAAUUCAUGGAAUUUGUAUUAUAUAUUUUUUUUUCUUCUGGGAAAUACCAGGAUGCAGUUUUGGAGGAAGAAGCUGCAGACUCUGCUGACGUGAAUAACCCACAGUGAAGGAAUGCCUUACAGAAACUUUGUAUGAAUGUUCUAUUUGGGCUGUUUUAUCUCACCAAUGGUCAUCUUUACCUUUUGGCAGUGUUGCCAGUAAAGCGAUACCUGGUCCCCAGAGAGCACAAGUGUGCAGAAUGUCUCCUCAUGAUGGUAACCAUAAAUAUAUUGAAUAUUUAUUAAACAGAAGACAUCUAAAUGUGUGAAAAAUUUCUUUUGUCAGGUUUUUUUUUUUACAAAAUAAAACAAAAUUUUAGCUACAUGAACAAGUAAGUUCAAUCACUGCGUUUUUAAUAGUCGUUUUAAAUGAAAUUAACAACAAGCUCCAAAAUAAAAGUUUAAAGUACUUUCUACCUCAGUAAACUGGAUAUGAUUGUCCUGUUUUGUGACUUCUGAUGCAGCACUACUGUUUAAAUUUCACCACGUGACCGAUCUGAGAAAUGUUCAACCUUUUUAUUUAUCAGCUCUUUCUCUUAAGUAUUAAAUCAUGUCUGCUGUUAUUCUGCAGACUUCCAAAGAAUUAAACUAUGAGGACAAACAAAACAGUUUAUUUUGAAUAAAAACAUUAGUGAUUUUCUGAUUUUACUUCUGAAUACUGCAAUUUGUAUCAGACCUCACUGUUCUAACUGAAGAUCAGCUACCGUUUCCUUGUUAAAUGUGGUUUAUACUGAAAAAUUACAAAUGAAUCCACCAAUUACUGUAUUUUAUGAUUAUAUUGUAGCCUUGAUAGCUGAACUGAGAGUCGUGGAGUUUCAGAAAAGGAAAUCCAGUUUUAACGUGGGCCAUCUCUUCUAAAUAAAGGUAAACUAAUUGGAAAACUAAAUAGAUUUGAAAAGAAAAUUCUCAAAAAGAAGCUGUUUUCCUCUUGCUCGCGCAACUACCCCUUCAAAAUAAAAGCCUUUCCCCUUGCUUUGACAGCUUGAAUGACAAUUUGUUGUAAACCACAGAGAGAUUUGUAAAUAAAGUUAGGAAGUGUUGUAAAAUGUGUUUUUAAACCGAAUGUACUUGUAAAUUUCUCUUAAUAUUUUCUAUAUUUUUAAAAGAUGUACAAGCAGCAGAAAAUGAGGAAGCGUGUACAGCAUUGGGUGUUUUCACCACAUUUGAUGAUGCCACAGGCUUUUAAUGUGAAGGGUUCUGAAAAUCCCUCUAAAACUCGAGAUGCGCUUCAAAAUAAGAUGUCGCGUUAACUGGACUCUGAUUAAAACAUCUGCAAAGAAUGAAGACAGAGUUGAUGGUUAAUGUUAAAGUUGACAUGUUUUAGGAAAAUUGUGUUAAAUUGUUGCUCAUUUUGCUAACAGGUUUUUAUUUUUGUGCCAGCCAGGCUGAAUUGUGCAGAUGCAUUAAUUAAUUUUUUGUUGUGAUUGAAAUAUAAUCAUAAAGAUCAAAGUAAUUGUAUAAUGUUUGAUUCCUUUUCUUUAAAAGCGGGAAAACGAUUCUGUCAUUGAUCACACAGGAGGUUAGUUUUGUCACCUUCAAGCCUGGUUUCCUUUAUCCUCCCUUUUGGUGCUCUGCUCUGCUCCUCCAGUAUUUCAUUCAUCAGUUAUCUAUCAUCUUAGCCUCGGUUGGCUGGCUUCUGUGUCUGUAUGUGCAUAAAUGUUUAUUACAGGUUGAUGAGUUUCAAAUGUUAUGUGCCAAAUAUCUAAAUUUGUGUUCAGGUGAUGGAAAAAAAUCUUUAUGUAAAUGUCAGAAAUGUCAUAAAAUGCAAAAAAUAAGGUGAACUUCAAAUCAGAUGAAUCUUCUACAAACUAAACAAAAAGUGGAAUUUGUUCAUCGGGUAAAAAAAACUACAAUUUGAACUUGAAUCCACUACUCCAGAUGUUAUACAGCUGCUGCCUGAAAAACUUGUGCUCCACUUGCUAACAUCCUAUUUGAAUGUUUGGAGUUGAUUUCCAGCUGGUUUUCUGAUCCUAUCAAGAACAUUUUUCAUUACAGUUUGACAUGAUGUGCAAAGUGAGGUUCUGUGUCAGAGUGACUUUGGACUGGAACGAUUGUUUUUAUGAAAAAACGAUUGCAUUAAAGGAGAAACAUCAAACAGUAA